UUUUUGUGCGUGCUGAGAGAUAGAUCAUUGCAAACAGAAUUUUAGUUUCGAAAAUGGCAGAUGAGGACGACAACAUUGACUUUGGGGAUGACUUUCCCGAAGAUGAUGACGAAGAUCAUGACUUUGAGGACGUUGCGGAUCAGGCAGAGGCGAAUGUAGAGAUCUUGCAGUCUGCUGAUGUCGCCGGUGACAGUGGAGAGCCUCGCAAGCGUGUCACCACGCCUUACAUGACUAAAUAUGAGCGGGCACGCGUACUCGGCACAAGAGCUCUACAGAUUUCGAUGAAUGCCCCGAUCAUGGUGGAACUGGAGGGUGAAACCGACCCCCUCGCUAUUGCCACGAAAGAGCUGAAGGCUCGUAAAAUCCCUUUCAUAAUUCGCCGCUAUUUGCCAGAUGGUAGUCACGAGGACUGGAGUAUAGAGGAACUUAUUGUCACGGGCAUUUAGAGUGGCGACUGCUCUCUGCUGAUUUUUAUCUACCAGCUUCUAUUGCAAUGCUUCUUCGUAUUCCUGCUGAGCGGAGUAUUGUACCCAUGGACAAAACCAUGCAGGACGCCAGACACUAUAGGAGAAAGCAAUCCAAGCGUUCACAAGACUAUGUUUACGGACAUAAAAUGCACAGUACAACGUACAAGAUUCAGUGACUUCUGGGUUCGGAUGAUCGAGGUACAUGUGUUUGGAUAGCCAGGGUAUUGUGACGUGUGCGCCACAGGUGCCGGUGUCUUUGGAAUACAUGUACUGGUUCCAUACUUGAUAUGUGCAGUAUUAUGCACUCAUGCCUAAUUGUUUCUGCAGUUACCAACCAGUGCCACCCUGGGUCUCAUUCAAUCAGCUGAAAUGGAGGUCAGGUGUGAAGUGCGAGGUGAUUUGUCCCCGUGAAUUUCGCGAUUCUGCGGAUUUCAGAAUGUUCGCAGAAUUUAGAAAAUCUCGCGGGCUCUUGCAGAAAAGGAUGAUAAACUGCUUUUUUUCUGCAAGCUUGUGAUGUAUUCCACAGCCAAGCCUGUCUGAUCAUGACGUUACUACUACUUUAGCUACAUGGAUUUUUUUGGCCCAUAUGGUUUCAUAUUUUUUUGUUUAAAAUUUAUCUCUUUGUCUUGUGCCAGUUUAUCUUAAGUUAUGGUUUAUGGGGUAUUCACACGACAGGCACUUGCACGUUUUACAGGGAGUGACAUACGAGAAAAGUGACUGUGUGGAUUCACACAGCAGUCACUCGACGACAGGAACGUUUGCAUUUUUGAAUGCUUCACCGACCCGUAUAGUAGCCAUGGGUAUUUCAAAUUUUCAAAACACACAUACAAUAAUAAUCAUGCUCUAAAGAGCCGCGUAAAAAAUCAA